AUGGAAAGUCCUACUGAAUCUCAGAAUAAAAGGCCUUGUUUGUCUUCUGAGGUUGAUUCUACUCUUUGCACGCCAGCUGUUGUAUUCCAACUACCAGAAACGGAGCAGAGCUUUAACUUAAUCACAACCACAGCCACAGAGGUGGCAGAUGAAGAGCUUACUGGGGGAACUAUGAUGCAGUUCCAGAUUUUACAAAAUGAUGAACCAAAUGAAGUUUUUCCCCAGGCUAAUGAGGAACAGUCAAUAGCUAGCGAAGCAUGGUUCACAGGUAAGGAAGAGAAGGAUACUCUAACCAAACAAGAGCAUAAAUGGAAACAAGGGAUGUGGUCCAAAGAAGAAACGGAUAUUUUGAUGAGCAAUAUUGAACGGUAUAUGAUGGAACAUGGAGUAAAGAAUGCUUCAGAAAUAAUUUUUAAGAUGGCAAAACAUAAAAGAAAAGAUUUCUACAGGACUAUAUCAUUGGGUCUGAAUCGGCCUUUGUUUUCAGUCUAUAGAAGAGUGGUCCGAAUGUAUGACCAGAGAAAUCACAUGGGAAAGUACAGCCCUGAAGAAAUAGAGAAGCUCAAGGAGCUCUGGCGGAAGCAUGGCAAUGACUGGAUAACAAUAGGGGCUGCCCUGGGAAGAAGUCCAUCUUCUGUCAAAGACAGGUGCCGACUGAUGAAGAAUGCUUGCAAGGCAGGGAAAUGGACCGAAGAAGAAGAACAGAUUCUCGGAGAUGUGGUUCAUGAAUUGACAUGCACUGAGAUGGGAGAGAAAGUAACCCAGGGUGUGUGUUGGGAAACCGUGGCUGAACGAGUGGGUACCCGCUCAGCAAAGCAGUGUCGUGCUAAAUGGCUCAACUACCUGAACUGGAAACAGACUGGAGGUACUGAGUGGACAAGAAGAGAUGAAGUCACUCUCAUCCACAGACUAGCAGAGCUUGAUGUAGCGGAUGAAAAUGAAAUUCACUGGGAUCAAUUAGCUAACGGAUGGAAAAGUGUUCGUUCACCACAAUGGCUUCGAAGUAAAUGGUGGACCAUAAAAAGGCAAAUUACAAACCACAAGGACUUUGCAUUCCCAAUCCUAGUAAAAUGUCUUCAACAAAUAUAUGAGAGCCAAAAUGCCAGCCUCAGGUUUUGGGAGAAUGCAUCAGCAUGUGAAGUAUCAGAUAGCAAUCUUGGUGUCAGUAUUCAGCAAGUCCCCUUUGGAGCCACAGGUGUAGAAGAUAAUAAUACAUCCAUCUGUCCAGUCCCUAUGGCAGGAAUGCAAAUUACACUCCAGGUUGUUUCCAGUUCCUCAACAGAUUAUCCUGCUGCUAUUGUUGACUAA